CUGUCGGGCUGGCUGCUCACACGUGUCCCACCGUCUCGCCUCUUUGUCCUGCAUCACACUUUCACUGGCUUCACCGUCAGCAUCAGAGAGAAGCUGACUGCAUGCCGCGUUUGCCCUUUUCUUGCAUUGCUUAUCCUGCAGAGGAUUGCUCAGCCUUUUGACUGGAACGCUUCCCACCUGAAAGAAAGGAAACAUCUCUCCAGCCCUUGUCCACUGGUUCCGGACGGUCUGGGACGGGUUGGAUGACGUGCGGAGGGGGUUCUCCGGGUAUUUAUGUAUCGCCCUGCGUUGGAAAAGACCCAUCCCACUGGGAGAUCCAUGCUCCGGCUUUUGUGUCGCUGUCAUCAUGUCCCCAGCAUCGGCUCCAGAGGCCAGUGAGAGCAGCACAACCACGGUCCAAGAGGAGGCAGCGGCCAGUCCCAGGGAGGAGCAGCAUCCUCAGAAACAGUCUCUGACCAAGUCUUUGUGCCAGGAGUCUCACUGGAAAUGCCUACUGCUGUCCUUGUUGAUGUAUGGAUGCGUAGGAGUGAUAGCCUGGUGCCAGGUGACCAAGGUCACGCGUCUCUCCUUCGACAACGCCUACAAGGGAAAGUCCAUGAUGUAUCACGACAGUCCCUGCUCCAACGGCUACAUCUACAUCCCCCUGGCUUUCCUGGUCAUGCUCUAUGUGGUCUACCUUGUGGAGUGCUGGCAUUGCUAUGCCAGGAACGACCUGCUGUACAAGGUGGACGUGGACAGCGUGGCCGAGCGCAUACAGCGAAUGCAGCAGGCUACGCCCUGCAUCUGGUGGAAGGCCAUCAGCUACCACUAUGUCAGGAGGACACGGCAGGUGACGCGUUACCGCAACGGAGACGCAUACACCACCACGCAGGUUUACCAUGAGAGAGUGAACACACACGUGGCUGAAACAGAGUUUGACUAUGGGAACUGUGGCAUUAAGGACAUCUCGAAGCAGCUGCUAGGUUUGGAGGGAUUCCCCAUUAGCAGGCUGAGGUUCACGAAGUGUUUUAGCUUUGCCAAUGUGGAGUCAGAAAACUCCUACCUGACGCAGCGGGCUCGCUUCUUUACAGAAAACGAGGGCCUGGAUGAUUACAUGGAGGCCCGCGAAGGGAUGCACUUAAAGAAUGUGGACUUUAAGGAGCACAUGAUUGCCUUCUCUGACCUGAACCGUCCUCCUUGGUAUGCUUCCAACUCUGCUUUCUGGGUGGCAGCUGCGUUCACUCUCUCUUGGCCAUUGCGGGUGCUGACAGAGUACCGCACAGCCUGCGUGCACUACCAUGUGGAGAAGCUAUUCGGCUUUGACUAUGUGCCAGCAAUGCCAUCGGAGGAACGUCCGUAUUGCCGACACAUCCCACGGGUCAAUACCAUCGACAGCACGGAGCUAGAGUGGCACAUUCGCUCCAACCAGCAGCUGGUGCCCAGCUACUCUGAGGCAGUCCUGAUGGAUCUAGCCCAGCUUUCUGGGAGCUGCAACAGCUACUCUACAAGUGGGAGGUAUGGCAGCUACAGACAGAAUUGUGAACGCUGCCACCGCACCAUCAGCAGCUCCUCCAUCUUCUCCCGCAGUGCCCUGAGCAUUUGCAACUCAGCAAGCCCUCGCAUCCCCUUCAGCGCCAGUCGAUUCUCUCUAGGCCGGCUGUAUGGGUCCAGGCGGAGCUGCAUGUGGAGGAGCAGCGGGAGCCUGAAUGAGCAGUCCUGUCCCACUGAGAGCACUCGCUGUCUGUCAGGUCAGCAGACUAAUGAGGAGAACCCUCCGGCCUAUCAAGAUGCUCUGUGCUUUCCUGUGCUCAUUGUGCAUCGCAAUGAAGGAUGUCUCAAUCACGACCACCGCUCUUUGCACAGGAAUGGCUCCUGUGUGGAGACGUCCCUUUGACUCACAGCUGGCCCAAUGUGAUGACACAAACUGAGGCUGAGAAACAUCUUUAAACCUGGCUUGCGAGGGUUUGUAAAUUUACAAUGCUGUGUGAGUAUUUAAGUACUUACACUUUGUCAGAUUUUGGCCACAUUACAAUCCAAAACUUCAGCACAACAUAAGUUAGUCCAUGACAGUGAAGUGGAAGGAAAAUCGUCCAUCCACCAUUUUUUUCACAGGCAGAGUAGAGCAAGGACAAUCCAGUCCAUCUCAGGGCAUCAUGACAGAUUCAUGCAUACACAGACUCACAGCCAUUCUAAGAGCAGUUUGAUAAUUUAACCUAACUUCCAUGUUUUUAUACAGAGGGAGGAAGCAGGAGUACCUGAAGAGAACCUAAGGACAUGCAAAUUAUAUGCAAAAAGGCACCAGACCUGCAGACAGACAGGUCAGAAAAAACAUUGUGGAGAAUUUGAAUGUAGGAUUAGGUCCCAAGCUUUGAACAUCACAUAAAGCACUCUUCAAUUCAUCAUAAGAGUAGUAACAAUACAGCCAAAGCUACAUGGAAAUUGAUUAAAUCGUAGCAUAUUUAUGGCCCAAGUCCAAUUGAGAAACUAUGACAAGACGAGAAGAUUUAUGUUCGCCAACAGUAACCAUUCAGUCUGACUGUGAAUGAGCAAAAAUGUCAGUCUCUAAAUUUGGAAAGCUGGUAGAGAGAUAUUCCAAAAUGACUUAGCUGUAAUUACAGCAUUCACUUAGGAGGACUGGAUCCUUGCACACCACACUUUUCAUACUUUAUUUGUAGAAACAUUUUCUUUAAAUAAUUUAUAAUUUUCCUUCUACUUCAAAAUUAUGCACCAAUUUGUCUUGGUCUACAGCAAAAAAUUCCAAUACAAACACUGAAGUUUGUAAUGUAAAAAAAUGUGAAGCAUUCAAGUAAUAUGAAUACCUCCUCAGCAGUCUGUAUGUCUUUACCAUAAAAUUCACCUACAAGUUAUAACAAGAUUUGUUCUGAGAAGUUUGGCACAGAUAACCAUUACAAGGUUUUAAUAAACCAAGCCGUCCUCAGCUGUCUAUAGAGGGACGACCAACUUGGAAAUACUAAGAGAAGUCACACCCUACUUUGAAAUGUCACACUGGUGAAUGAGUGUCUUGGUAACCUUUCUUCAAUUCUGACAAACUUGGAGUUUGAUAAGAAGUGAAAAAUCUGAAAUAUUUUACUGAUGCACAAGUGAAACAACAAACACACUGAGAUAUUAAUAGAGACAAACACAUUGCAUGAGUCAUGUGACUCACUAGGGAAAAUACAGAGAUGAAUGAGACUCAGCAGUUUCCUUAUAAAAAGUACCUCUGAUGAGCUCAUCAGUCAAGCCUACAUAGAAAAUCAAAAUAAAAGUAUGUAGAAAACUCAAAUUGUGGACAUUAACACAAGGUCAGCACAGAUUGAAAAACAAAACAAAACAUUGCAGUGUCUGGUAGAGAAAAAGCAUAUAGUGAAUGGAAAUCAACAUGUUUGCAAUGACGUUAUACUCCCUUCCAUGCCAAAUACAGAGGAUGAAUAAUUUAGUGGAUGAAGGACAUGAGAACUCUAAACAGAAUCAUCAAUUCAAACUAUGUCUUCUUUUAUUUCACAUUUGACAAUUCUACUCAGGCUACCUCUUUGUUUAAGUGCCUAACAUCAACCAUUUCCAAGAAACAUAUGCUUUCACAAUCUGAACCAUCUCAUCUCAGCCUCUUCCCAAUUAAAUGACAGAAUGACAGAACCACCUUUGGCUUGUCAUGGAGGCCUUGGUCUUCUGAUGUCAUCGUUGUGGAAAAUGGCAUUUUCCUAUAAGUUGGGUCAAACGCUGUUUCUGGUGUUUUUCAUAAGAUGAUAAAUAAAUCAAAAAUGACUUUCAAGAUAAUGUAACCCAGAUUUUGUUCCGUGAGCUCUGUGCUGCUGCUGAUGCAUAUCAGAGAAGCAUCCAGAAAGCUUGCCAUGUAACUCUAAAAACAGGCCUGGACUUGACACUGUUAGUGACACAUUCAAUAAGAUGACAGGAUUACAUGAAAACAAGACUUAGAUGUACUUCCUUUUACCCCUAAAGGACAACCAGAACAUAUAUGAUAUAGCAUAGACCUGGAUAAGUGCAAAAUAAGAGAACAGGCCUGUAAUUUAAAGAUUUCCUUCCUAAAUGUAAAAUAUAAUGAAUAACAGAGCAAUUGCUAAAGAUUUUCAUCGACAUUGAGUGUAAAGGGUGUUGUAGUUUGCCUUUUUUAUCUUUCUUCAGUAGCUGUGAGUUGUAAUACACAAAAGUAGUAAAACAUCAAAAGGAUAUUUAUAGUUUGUCACUAACUUUGGAUAUAAAGGUUUUUUUUAUUCAUUUAAAUCAGUUUGCUGUCAGUGACACCAUCCUUCACAUCAUGUACUAAUCCAUGAACGUUACUUGGCUGUGCUCAUUCUGUCACUGACUGUAUUCCACACGAGGUGUUAUAUUUGGAACUAGCUUAAUAGCAAUACCUAAAAUACAUUAAAAAUAAUAACUGAGGUUGGAUUAAAGAUUCUUUCUAACCUCAAUUGUAUUAAUAGCAAGUCCCUAUGCAAGUCCCGCCAACCUCAAGAUAGUGUGAGACAAUAAGUUUGCUGGCAACAACAUUCCUGCUGACAUUUCUAUCUCUUUUCAUUGUGAUGCGAGUGAGUCGCUGGUGUGUGGAUGUUGCCUUUUUCUAGUUCCAAGUUGGAAGAAUCAAAUCAAGCAUCCUCUGAAGUCCAAAAUGAAACUCCAUAAGUCAAAGGCAGGGUCCAAUUUCAAUACCCGAUAUGACUGCCAUAAAGAUAACAACAUUGUGGCUAACAGAGAAACUGUACAAACUCUUCUUGUGAACUUUCUUAUUUAGCUCUAGGACAUUUAUUGGCUUAAAUAACAGCUAGUUGUUAGCACUUUUAAUGUAUUAAGGGUAUAUUUUUUUAUAGGCUCAAUCAUCGGGAAUGCAAAACCCAAAUAUCCCACAAUUAAAGGGUGACAGCAUGCCAUCUACCUAUGUAAUAGUUGCAAGUUACCAUCUUCAGCUCAUGCAAAAUAAAAAUAUCUGACGUAGAUUAAUCUUAUUUUAAUUUUCAAAACAAAUGUCCAAGUUGUGAAGGGUUGGGCCAUGUCUCAGCAUGAAUUAGGCUAAAACCAAUGAAAUUUGAUGACCACUACAUAAAUUAUCCAAUCCCAUUUUCUAAUUUAUUAUUAGUCAGCCAAGCCAACCAUAAUGAUUGCGAUUUCUGAUUAUGGUCAUUUGCAAAACAUAACAAUUAUUUGAGGAGAUUUGUUUACGGGUGCAAUGUUUACAUUAAAUGUGACAACAAAAAAAAUCUGCUUGGUGUAUAAACCAGCCUGAAAGGCCAAUAGCUUUCCUCUGUUAGAAUAAAAGAUGUUGUCGUGCAAAGCACUAAACCCUUUAUUUUGUCUGGCAAGCAUAUUAGUUUGUAGCAAUAGAUUGCACUGUUUCUGUCCAGAAUGCUUUGGGGCUCAUCUUUUUAUGUCUGUAUAAAUUUGUGUAUGUAGGGCAGAGAGGCUUUGUACUGUAAAUAAGAUAGAGUUGAGAAUAAUGACUGUUCUUGUGGGUCAUUUGGUGAAUGUUUUGCUCACACAGAAACAUUGAGGCCAUAGCAGCAGGAAAAACUUUGACAUCCAGGUGUUUGAUGGUGACAAGCUAUUCUAUCCUUAUUGCAACACAGCUGAUACCAACUUCAUGUGAACUUUAAUUAAUCUUCUGAGUAGUUUUUGUUUCCUUUAACCACACUUAUAAAUCACUUGAAUGCAUUCUUUUAGCUACACUUGAACACAUGCAGCACAGACUUUUCUUUGAGGUAUAUUUUUUUAACCUUUUUUUUUGGAAGGUAAAAAUAAUUUGUUUAUUUACUGACACAAAUCGCACUACUUGAUUUACUACCUCUUGAAAAUAUUGAGUGAAAUCAUUUUUGUGUAUUUCAGUAUCACCACAGAGCUGCCUUGCUUACAUGAAGACGAAAUACCAAAUAUCUGUUCAAAACUGGAUAAAAAUUGUAAUAAAUGA